UACACCCAGAAUAUAUAUCGUAUUGAGUUGAAUAAAAAAGACUUCCUGUUUGUUUUGUUUACUGAAAUGUUACGGAUUCGAGCAAAAGGUAGUACAAAGACUUGGAACACCGUUCUUGUAAAAACGUAAAAAAAUACGUUUAUGAGAAGAUAGAAAAAGGCUAAGGAACACAAUGCAUGAGGCCUCGAUAGUUCAUUGACUGCGAAAGUUUUGCAUCGCUUAUAAAGUCAGGAAUAUGACAGUUGUUUCCAUUCGUUUGAUGUGUAUAAGCUCAUGAUUUUGUCAUUUGAUAAGCAAAGACUAUGGAUGACAAGAAAAAUUUCUCACUAACCUUUCCGUUUCAAAAGCAAAGAAAAGGUAGGUCUUGCAAUGUAUUCAACAAGAAUCAGUUGAAUUUUGAAUAUGACAACGAGGUUGAUCUAGAUAGAGUUUCGAUGCGACAACUUGAAGUUUUGGAAAUGAAAAUAAAUGUAGACGAAAAGAGUCACCAAGAUGAGAAAAAUCAAAUCCUGGAGAAAAGCGGGGAAAAAAUUAAAUUGCUGGAAGAUGAAAAUGACAGUUUAAAAAUUAAGACUCAGGAUCAAGCAGACAAAAUUAAACAGUUGGAUAACGCAAACACGAAAAAAGACAGAGAAAUACAGAAACUUAGGAAUAGAGAAGAUGAACUGUCCGAAAAGAUUUCUGAACUAGAAACUCAAAUUCAGCAAACAAAGGAAACCACCAUUGAACAGAAAUCAGAAAUUGAGAGGCUGAAAUCCGAGUUAUUUAAAGUAGAAAACGAGCUACAACAACUGAGAAUAAAAAAAGAGUCGGACGAAAAAUCUGUUCAAGAACAAAUACAAAAUCUGGAAACCAAAUUAGAAAAACGAGAUGCUGAAAUGCAAAGUAAAAUAGAAAAACGAGAUGCUGAAAUGCAAAGUAAAAAUGAAAAACGAGAUGCUGAAAUGCAAAGCAAAUUUGAAUCCGUGGUUGAAAAACAAUUAAAAGCACUUAUAGACCAGAUGAAAACUGGCUCAGGCAAUAAUGAUAAAACUACUAUAAAUAAUACAGGGAAUAUUCAAAUCAACCAAACUAAUAGUAAUGGUGCACAACAUACACACCGACAAAUGUACCCUAUGAAAAAAGUUACUCCUGUGUUCGAAGAUGGGAGAAGUCACGAAAACUCAUCAAGAUUACGUAGGGAAAGAGGACAUGGUCCAUGUGGACGACAAAAAACAGAAUAAUCUUAUUGUCAUGAUUGGAUAUAUUGGUUUAAAGGCGACGAGCACCUGGAUAUGAAAUAUAUCUACGGUAACCAAACAGUUUUAAUUGUCUCUUUAGCUUACGUAUCCUAUCAUGGCUUCCGUGUAGUUAACUGAGUGAUGUUUUGUUGACUGUUGAUUGUUUGUUUCGUCUUCUUUUCUUUCUAUCAUGUUGUUAUUUGAAUCACUUUUUGUCCAUUUGGCAUAUUGUUUCGUUUAAACAAGUUCGUCUACGCUCCAAAGCAAAAUGAAUAAACACUCUUCAUUUUAUCAUGUUUAUAAAAAGGUAUAGCUCCCCGUAUUUAUUUCGAGAACUAGGCAAAACACCAUUUAACAAUAUUAUAAAAUCAUUUGGAGUAAAAUCAUUUCUUGGCGAAUUUAACAUCAUAUUCAACGACUUUAAUCGGACAAAUAUUUUCAGGAACCCCCCUCUCACCCUUUUCAAUGAGAAAAACCCAAAAUACUAACAGAAGAAAACACUAUUCAUUCCUGUUUUCUUCCUAAUUAUCAGCAUAGGGUAAACUUGGGUCGAUUUGCAGAAAAUAGCAGAUUCGUAAUCCCCUUUAUAUUUAACAUAUUUGACAAAAUUUAACCCCUUUUUCAAAAUUCUAGAUAAUAAAAAAAUCAUUUAUAAAUAAGUCAAUCAUUAUAUAAUAUUUAUCAAGUGUUUGUUUAAGAACAAGUUAAUAAGUUGAAGGCACUUAACGUCUUGUCCUUAGUUCUUAUUUAUAAUCAUAAUACUCCAAUCUGACUUCUAUUAAAUUUUAUAUACACAAAUUUAAAAACAUAUUAUACCUACUUAUGAAACAAAAACAAAUGCAAUAUUGCGGCUCCGUGGAGUGUAAGUCAGAUGUCAGUUGUUAGUUUUCAGUUCCUAUCUACCUGAAGGGAUAAAUUGCUUCAGCCGACAAAGUUGUUUUAUAUUAAUGUUCAAAAGUAUAGUAUGCACGAAAUCGUGUUAUUUUACGUGACCUUUUGCGCCAGUUGCUAUUUUCAUGAUGUAUCAUUUGCGCCGAAUAUUAUUUUUUAAGGUAUCUAUUGCGCCAAUUUACGGAAUUCAUUUGCGCGAAUUCAACUGAACUAAUAUCUUAUCGUACGUGUAAUUCCUUAAUAAAUUAUGGUAUCUUAAACAUGAUAAUUUAUGUAAUAAAUGGGACUAUUGUUGCAAAAUGAUAACAAAGUAAAAGCUUUAUUGUACAGUUGUACUGUAGAUGUAAGAUAUUAUAACCUGGUUUUACAGAUUGGUUAGGGUCAAAUUAUAAUAUUAUGAUGCAUCUGUUUAUUUGAGAUCAAUCAUAGACAUUAAAUAUUACAGAAGUGCAUAAAAACUUCAUAGAAUACUAGAGUUAAUAAUUAGUAACCUUUGUACUUUCAUCAUAGGUUCGUGUUGCUCAGUCUUUAAGUUUUCUAUGUUGUGUUAUAUGUAAUGUUGUUUGUCGUUUUCUUUUUUAGCCAUGGCGUUGUCAGUUUAUUUUAGACUUAUGAGUUUGAAUGUUCCUCUGGUAUCUUUCGCCUCUCUUUUGUAAAGUAAAGAUUUUAUGAAUGACACUCGUUUGUGAAGUAAGAUACAUUAGACUAUUUUAUAAUAUGCUUAAUUGAUCAUGAUGAUAUGCUAUUUGAUACGACUUAUCAACUCAUGUAUGUAUUUACAUUUAGAAGUAUGAUGCAAAUUAUGAAUGUCACUGCAUUAUUGAUAAUCAGUAUAAUUGAUUUUAUACGGGAUAGAAUAUUACAUACGAUCUUUUGGCACCCCAUAAAUCACGACUAUUUUUAACAUGUUUAAUUCCACCCAACUAUUAUAUGUCAUACUACAUACAUGUUUGCAUUUUGGACAAUAUCAUCAAAUGUAUAGUUUUUACUUACUCAGGUGAGGUUUAGGAAUUUUUUGUCAAAUGUUUGGACUCCUUUGUUUUUUUCCAACGACACAGGGUAAAAUAUUUUGCUCAUAACACCCAUUUUUUCUUUUCAUGUAAGACUUCAAUAGCUCAUAAAAGGUCAUUUACCAAAAUUUAUGCAGAUUCUAGAUUUAUUUUCUUUCAAUUUGAGACCCAAGUAAUACCAAUGCAAAUGUAAGGUAAAAGUCCGAGUCAGCCUUUUCCCGCUAUUUUUAAAAGAAUAAAAUAUCUCGAAAAGGAGCUCCAUAACCUAUCAAUAUUUUAAGCUUAUUUUGUUCCUUAUCUAAUGCGCUUCUGACUUAUAGUAUCAAUUUUAAAUUCUAGUUUUUUUUUAAUUUCACCUAAGUACAUCCUUACAGCAGUUAAUAGCCGGUAUAACUCAAAAAAAGAAAGAUUUCAUGUCGUUGAAAACAACCGGAAUUAUACAAGAGGAGAACUCAGUCGAAGGGAUCUCGUUUUUGACUUGAAUUGCAAAUUUUAGCUUUUAGUAUAAUUGUAUUGUCUCACUGUGAAUAGAAGGAGUGAAGUCGUUCGCGGUUUUAAUUAUUAAAAUGAAUUGGUGCAAACGUUUUCUUUUUUUUUGGCGCAAAUGAUACAAGGCAUUUUGAAAAAUAAUGGCGCAAAGGUAGAAUUGGCAAAUGAGUUGCUUUGCAAACGGAUGAUUUUUUUUUUUUGGCGCAAACGGAUUUCGCCGGAGUUUUUCGUGCUUCUAUUCCUUUUUUAUAUUUUUCCCACUAGAGAAUACUAAGAAUUAAAUUAGCAUUACGUGAAUGCGCAAAUUAUUCAGUUAUUGUAUACGUAUUGUUUAUCUCGUUGGUUGUAAAUAUUAAUUUCAACUGUUUAAUAUAUUGGGUAAAACUGAGUAAGAGUUUGUCUUUUUGUAAAUUUUUUGAAUGUAAGAUAUUUUAUAGAAGCACUAUAAGCAAAAAUUUUUUAUAAAAUAAAACAUGCUACAUGUACUAGACGUUUAGCAACCAAAAAUCCAUCAAUCAAUCAAUUUAAAUAAAACAAACAAUGAAUUGUUUCAUCAUAUGUUUAAAUAUCCUUUCUUCAUUUGAUGAUAUCAUCUGCAAUUUAUAAUGUAUGUCUCAUGUAACAGGUCAGGUAAACAUUGUUAGGUUUAUACUUGGCAAGGGAAAAAGUUAAAUAAUUUCACAAUCAAUGUCAAUCUAUGAUCACAGACGUUUGAAGGUAUGGAGUUCGGAAACUUCUGUCUGAUGUUAAUAAAUGAUCCAAUGUUUCACAAUUGACUACAUUCUCCGAAUGUAUGCACAUGUGGAUAGCAAUGAUAAACAUGAUAGACUUUUCAAUGCAUAUGUUAAUACUUAUUCAUCAUAAAGUGAUUUUGAAAUUAUAUAUGCAUUAUAAUUACAAUGGUACAAAUGACUUCC